AUGAUUAUGAUUAAAACAAAACGAAGACAAGACAAAGACAAAGAAGACGAGGAAGAAGAAAAGCUUGCCAGCGCCAAUCAGGUUGAUGAAAAAGCCCGGGCAGGGAUAAAGGAGAAAGAAAUGGGAUCCAGUCUUGUAAGGCAAAGAGGAAGAAGUGAUAUAUGUUUCAUUAGCGUAUCAGCAGUGGAGGUGACGACGCCAGAAGAGAUGUUUGUGGAGAAUGGAACGGAUGCAAGGCUUCCAUGCACGUUCACAUCCCCAGAGGUGAUCAGCAGUGCAGCUACAGUUUCUUGGAGCUUCCAAGCAGAGGGAUCAUCAACUCCUAUUUCAUUCUUUUAUUAUACUUCUGGGAAGCCCUACACUGGAAAGAACAUCCCAUUUAAGGACAGAGUCAGCUGGGCUGGAGAUCUUAACAAGAAAGAUGCUUCUAUCAGCAUAGCAAACAUGCAGUUCCUGGACAACGGCACUUACUUCUGUGAUGUCAAGAACCCACCUGACAUAGUCGUCAAAGCAGGAGAGAUCCGACUUCGAGUUGUGGAGAAAGACAGCUUGACUGUGUUCCCGAUGAUGAUGGUGGCAGGGGUAGCCGUUGCUGCAGUUGUAGGUGUUGUUUUGCUCAUCUCUCUUAUUGCGUGUAUCGUCGUCAGAAAGAAGAACUCUAAAAAGCGUUAUUCUGGCUGCAGUACCUCUGAGAGCUUGAUGUCACCGGUUAAGCAGGCUCCACGGAAGUCACCCUCUGACAUGGGGUGUCUGGUAAACAGCGUGCCCACCAGAUCACACCAGGGCCCAGUCAUAUAUGCGCAGUUAGAUCACUCUGGAGGGCAACACAGUGACAGAAUCAACAAGUCUGAGUCCGUGGUCUAUGCUGACAUUCGGAAGAACUGAGAGGAGGUCCCAACCAAUCCAAAGCAAAACACGCAUCUAAACUGGAAUUGCUUGAAUGAAAUGUGACCCAGAGAACUCACAUGUGGCCUUUGAUGCCCUAGCCUAGGACCAAUGCAUGUGGAUACAGAGAGAAAGAUAUAUAUGUAUUGUGUGUAAAUAGUCUAUUUAAUCGUACAGAAGUGAAACCAAUGUUGCAUGUUAAGAUGCGGUAAGAAUUCUGCUUAUAAAUUGCCAAUAUUCUUUUUUUGUAUCUAGGAUAAGGAGAGAGAAAGUGAACAUUCACAACCAUCACGGUUUUAAAAAUAUUUUUAUCUUAAUAAUGAAUGGAAAAACUGGAAAAUGCUUGAGAUUCUAGACUGACCUGACCUUUCUCUUUGUGGGGGGAAGGGUGACUUUCCUAUUAAGAGGGAUAUGAGGAAGGUUGUCCCUUCCCCUGUCCCCAGCCAUAUUAGAAUGUUUUUCUGUAUCACUUAUCUUUUC